UACUAUUAUUUUGUAUUAUUACAAAUAAUCCGAUAAAAUUUUCUAUUAAUCAUCCGUUACUGUUUACUGAAACAGUUCAAAGCUAAAUUUAUAAACUAUGUGGAAAAUCACUUGUUUGCUAUUUGUGUUACCGGUACUGUGUUUGUCAAAUUACACGAGGAUUAGCAGUAAGCCAAGUAGUAUUAUUUUUAAAUACCGCGAAGGUACAACUGGAGAAUUAACUUUAGAUGAAUGUGGUAAAGAUCAAGUUUGUAAUGUUGUACAUCGACGUUUCUGGAUGCCUAAUUUGGCAGAAAGACUUUGCCGAUGUCCCGAUGGAGUAGAAUGUCCUUGGUCUGAAGAAGCUGACAACUCAUCUAUAGUUCUCAAUAAUCGGGCUAUUUUAAAAUUUUGUGCGCCGAUAAAAGAAAAAGAUGAAUGUAAACCCAAACAAAUAGCCGCUGUUGUACGUGGAUUUAUAAAUGAUGACAAUUCACAUAUGAUUGCUCAUAAUGUCACGGUCGACUGUAUAUGUCCGUCGACUCACUACUGGAGAUUGAAAAAAUAUGAGUACAUGGACAAUCAACUUUACCAAUCGUACAAGUGCUCAAAACAAAGAAUAUGCUACAGCUACGAUUUCUGUGGAUACGUACGACCAGAUUUAUAUUCAAUUUAUUACCGGUGCGCAUGUCCAAGAGCUAAUCUCUGCAUCACCGAGUACAAGACUACGGAGAUGGUCCAGGAGUUAAUGUACUUAGGGUCAGCUUACAAAGCUUACUGUGACCCGUGGAAUAAAACUAGUAGAGUAUACUAGUACUGAUUCUAAACUUUAGUUAUUUUUAUAUUU